GCAAAAGCUGUUCUGUAGAUACUCUCUAUCUAGUACUAGUACACACAAUACAUUAGUAUACACUUGCAUUGCAGUGAAGCUUUCCUUUUUCGAUGCUCAUUUCUUAAACCUCCUCUAUAUAGUACACAUUUCUCUGCUUCUUACUCAUCCCUCUCCCUCUAUUUCUCCUCUCAUCUUUCAUUUCACCAACCAUUCUUCUCAGAUCCCUUACCCUUUUUUACUUCCUGGAUGCAUCUCAUUAUAUUCAAUGACUAUCUCUCCUCCUUGUACUCUUGUUGAAGAAGUGAGCUCUAUGGUUAGUGAGAAGAAGUACAUUACCAUAGAAGAUUUGGAGAAGCAUAACAAGCCUGAUGACCUGUGGAUUUCGAUCCAGGGCAAGGUGUACAAUGUCACUCAGUGGUCUAAGGUACACCCUGGCGGAGAUGUCCUUCUCUUGAAUAUGGCUGGCCAGGAUGUGACUGAUGCAUUCAUUGCUUUUCAUCCCGCUAAUGUUUGGGGACGUCUUGACAAGUUUUUUAAUGGUUACCAUAUCAAAGAUUACAAUGUGUCUGAUGUAUCGAAGGAUUACAGGAAACUUGCUUCUGUGCUGGUGAAAGCUGGGAUGUUUGAGAAAAAAGGCCACACUUUCACCUAUUUUCUCUGUUUUGCUACUCUGUUGUUUAUAGGAUGUGUGUACGGUGUGUUGACAUCAGACAGCAUCAUUGUUCAUAUGUUGUCAGCUGCAAUGCUGGGACUUUCGUGGAUUCAGAUGGCGUAUUUAGGUCAUGAUUCAGGGCAUUAUCAAGCCUUGGCGACUCGCAGAUGGAACAAAGUUGCUGGGAUUUUGAUUGGGAACUGUGUUACUGGUAUUAGCAUUGCUUGGUGGAAGUGGACUCAUAAUGCUCACCACAUAGCUUGCAAUAGCCUCGACUACGACCCUGAUCUCCAGCACUUGCCUAUGCUUGCAGUUUCAGACACAUUAUUCCAAUCAAUAACAUCAAAGUUUUAUGAAAGGAAAUUGACAUUUGAUCCGGUGGCUAAAUUCUUCAUCAGUUAUCAGCAUUUGACCUACUAUCCAGUAAUGUGCGUUGCAAGGGUUAAUCUCUACUUGCAGACUUUGUUAUUGCUGUGCUCGAAGAGAAAAAUAGCCGAUAGAGGACUGAACAUCUUUGGAACACUUGUUUUCUGGACCUGGUUUCCUCUACUUGUUUCGUGCUUGCCUAACUGGACCGAAAGAGUCAUGUUUGUGCUGGUUAGCUUCUGCGUCUGUGCAGUACAACACGUUCAGUUUACAUUGAACCAUUUUGCUGGAGAUACCUAUGUUGGUCCUCCCAAGGGUACUAAUUGGUUUGAAAAACAGUCCGAAGGAACAAUUAACAUCAACUGCUAUCCGUGGAUGGAUUGGUUUUACGGAGGCCUGCAGUUUCAGCUGGAGCAUCAUUUGUUUCCACGUCUACCUCGGAGACAAUUAAGAAGCGUUUCUCCUCUUGUGAAAGAGCUUUGCAAGAAGCACAAUUUGCCUUACAGGAGCUUGUCAUUCAUUGAGGCUAAUGUGACAACUCUGAAGACACUGAAGACUGCUGCAAUGCAGGCCAGGGGAUUACUAUGGGAAGCUGUCAAUACUCAUGGAUGAGAAUUUCGAAAGCCUGUUUGCCAAAUUAAUAUCGAGAUAUUAUUUGGUUUGGUGAGAAAUCAAGGAGAGGAUCAGGACAUUCAUCUGCUUUUUAAUAGUAUUUUCAUAUUAUGUACUUAUAAGUUGAUAGUGCCCAUUACUCCAUUAGAAAUAUUUAUGGGGCAUCCAGACCUUAAAGCUAGAUCUUUAUAUGAAGUAUAAUCACCUAUGAUUUUGAUUUA